UAUUAUUAUCAAUAAAAUCAUUUUAUUAUUUAUUUUUUAAAAGGUGAAGUACAAAAAAAUUUCAACUGCAAUAUAAAAAAUUGGGCAAAAAAAAUUCUUAUAUUCUUAAAAUCUUAAAAUAUACUGUAUUAAGUUUGUCAUAAAAACCCUUAAAAAAAAAAAAAUUGACAACUAAUUGGGCAAAGUGGGUGAACAUCUUUUAUGUGAGUUACCAGAAAGAAAACCCGAAGUGCAAGCAAUGGAGAUGGCCAUUGGUCUCCACAACUCGCCCACUCCCUCCAUCUAUGUGAUAAACCCUAACCCCAUGACGAGCUUAAGUUUCUCUUGUCCUUUGCUGACUAACCGAUUCUUUGGUUCCACCUUUAUCUUCAUCUUUAAUCACCAAAAAACCAUUCAAAUCCCGUUCCUGGAACUCAAUCGUCACUUCAAUCAAAUGAGAUUCCGCAAUGGUAUUUCAUGAGAAUCAAUAAGUACAUGAAAGGAUACUGGACUCAUAUGAUCUAGAGUGUGAACAUAAGCGUGAAGUGGGAUCAAAUCUUACGGUCUCGUAUAAGGAUACAACAAUAAACAUGAUCUAUAAACCAGGGCAUUUUGCCACUGAAUGGCAAGUAGAAAAAUUAUCCUCAAUCUGGUGGAUGGAGUUCUUCUAGUGGUACCCCUUUACAACAUUUGUUACUUGGAACUUAUUAAUUCAUUGUAACCUCAUGAUUUCUGAUUGAUGAUUAUGAUGGCUUCUGUUGAUUUUUGGUUAUUCCCUUUGUGCUUGUGGUGAUUUCUGAUCGGAAAUUCCAAUGUUCCAGAUGGAUGUAAAGACUAGCAAGAAAAAGGAUGAGAGCGAUCCCUUAACUUACUGGGUUCAACUUCCCACCUUCUCUGUAAGAUGGUCUGCAAGUAUCAAGAACACUGUCAAUAUUUAUCUUGUCUUUGAAGACAGAUCUUAAAUUAGAACAAUAAAAGAACUGAAAGGGAACUACAGCUGGGUCAUGUUUUUCCAAUAUGCUUAUGGAGUGGGAGGUGAUUAAAAUCCUAGUUGGUGACAUGAUAAUGAAUUUCCGGGUAGACAAACACUCUUUUUUCAUCCACAACCUAGGGCGGAAUUCUGUAUGUAAUUACAUCAGACAAAAUGUUUGAAGGGUAGAUUCCAUUGAGGGUCCAACACCAGAAACAAGAUUUGUUAUGAAGAAGUCUCUAGAAUUGGGCCAUGCCAUUUUUGUUGUUGUUAAUAAGAUUGAUAAACCUUCUGCUCGUCCAGAUUUUGUCAUAAAUUCCAUUUUAGAACUCUUUAUUGAACUAAAUGCAUCAGAUGAACAGUGUGAUUUUCAAGUAACAUAUAUAUAUGCAAGUGAUAUUAAGGGAAAGGGUGGACGUUCUCCAGAGAAUUUGGCAGAGGAUCUUGGACCACCUUUUGACUCCAUUAUUAGAGGCAUACCGGGACCGCAAAUCGACAAAGAUGGUUCGCUAAAAAUGCUUGUCACAAACAUCGAAUAUGAUGAACACAAAAUAGCUAUUGGGUGCUUGCAUGCUGGAAUUUGCAGAGAGGAAUGGAUGUGCAAGCAUGCACCUCGAAACAGACAUGCAGAUAUGGAAGAAUUAGUGAACUUUUCGUGUACGGGAAAUAUGGCAAGGUUCCAACAGAAAACUGUAGAAGCUGGUGAUAUAUGUGCUGUCUCUGGUAUUGAUGCUAUUGAGGUGGGAAGUUUCUUGUCCAAGCAACGAAGUCAAUAUUCUCCGGUCACUUUGAAUGAAGCAUCAAGAAACAGCGGUGUAUACCUAGUAGAACCAGGAAGGACAAUGGCCGCAUCAUCAUCAUCAUCAUCGGAUCUUCAUAUGUACAUUGUUUGUGAGACCAGUGCCGGCUAUGAUAUGUCAUGGAUGGUUCCGGUGACAUGGGAUUUUACAUUUGGUACUCGUGGAGUCACAUCUCCUAUAGUUAGGCAUUUUUAAUUUUAACUUGAUGGUUCCUUUCUUUUUCGAACCAACCUUGUAAAGCAUGGAAGGAAACGGAAGUUUGCAGGUGGUGUUUGUACCUUUUAAGCCUUUAACCAUAGGUAGUAAUUUAAUUUGUUUUCUAACUAA